CUGCAUGGAGCAAUUUCAAACGUUUCGCAAAAGAACUGGGAAGAUUGUGUGAACCAUGCAGAAAAACUCCAAAAGGAAGACUUGAAGAAAUCUCAUCUGCGGGACAAGGUCGCGAAGGCAAGUUGCAAGACCGAAUCUACAACCAAACUAGGCCACCUUAGGCACCCCAUCAGAUCUUGCAACCCUAAGCAGCGCCUCAAAAAAUAG